AUGGAGUGGACUAGCCUGUUGAUGAAGGCCAUUGGUAUAUGGGCCCCUAUCCUCAGGAACGCUAAACGCAGUUCUGCUGCAGUUGUCGGCCUUGGGCGAUCAACACUAACGGAGUCCACACUAACGGAGUCCACACUAACAGGGACCACACUAACAGGGUCCACACUAACGGGGUCCACACUAACGGAGUCCACACUAACAGGGUCCACACUAACGGGGUCCACACUAACGGGG